AUGACAUCAUCAAAGCUCACGAGCCCAGCCGACAAUGACCAGGAAAGUAAGGGACAGGCGGAGGGGCAAAGCGACACUGCCCGCUUCCACAGCCGCGCUCACAAGCUGGCCACGCUCAUCAUGAUGACCACGGGAAGCGCGAACGCGGCCAUGUUUCCCAUGAUGGUCAUCUUCUACGGAGGAGUGCCGUUCCUGCUGGCGUACCUUGUCGUGCUGGCGACCGUGGCGAUGCCCAUGCUGCAGCUGGAGAGCAACCUGGCCCAGUUCGCCGGAGACGGAAACUGCGGCGUCUUCAGCACCGUUCCGCUGUUCCUCGGCACGGGCUACGCGCUGACGUUCUACGUAGUCCUGCGCGUGGUCGCCGACUCGUUGCCCCUGUCCGACGUGCUCCUGCAGAUGGCCGGUGUGGGAGGCUCCACCGUCCCGUGGAGCGGGUCCUGUCCCGGCGGGUGGACGGCGAACAACCGCACCUGUUACGCCAUCAAACAGGGAUCGGUCCCGUGCCGAUUGUUGCGCGGUCGAUUCGUGGACUCGUUCCGACGCGUGGCACUAGGUGAAGGCCUGCCUCUGCUGCGCGGCGACCACGUGGUGCUGGUGCCGUCCAAGUCCUACCACCACGACGCCGCCGGAUGCAUGCCCGACUUGUACACACAGGCGCCCACCUACGACUUCCGAUGUCAGCAGAGUUGGGCGGAGCCCACGUUCGACCACAUCCGGGCCCAGCCUCUGCUCUCGAUGGCCGCUAUCUGGGUCCUCGUGUUCGCACUCGCCCACGGUGGUUUCAUCAGGCUCAAGAACUUCUUCUAUGUGAUGCUGGGCCUACACGUUACAACCGCCAUCAUGCUGCUACUACGGGCCUUGGCCUUGGAAGGUGCCAUCAGAGGACUCCACGCGUUCGCCUACGCAGACUGGAGCCACGUAGUCAGCGUGGAGAUGUGGUCCCAGGCCCUGUACACGUGCCUUGAAAGCGUGGGCAUCACGGGAACCAUCUACUUGAGCGUCCAGAGGUUCAACUCCUUCAAGAACAACUUCCACGAAGACGUGAUGGCUGUACUCGUGGCUGACGCCGCCUCCAAGGGCAUCGGCACCUUAAUGGCCUUCCUCUACCUCGGCUACUUGUCCGCCAGCAUGGGCAUGGAUGUCAGGAUGCUCAUUGACUACGGGUCCAGCUUCAUCGUGAGCAUCACGCCGCAAGCCGUGAGCCUAGCUCCUGACCCGGAGAUCUGGAGCCAAGUGCACCUCCUGUGGCUGCUCUCAACGAUCUUGCCGAAGUUCCUGAUUGUCCCCGACAUCAUCAUCGAGGCGCUGUCGGCGCCGUACCCGUUGAUCCUGCGGCACCGCACAGCGGCGCACUUCAUGAUCUGCAGCCUAAUGUUCAUCAUAAGCGUCGCGGGAUGCAGCAGUGGCGGCGCCAGCGUUGUCUCCGUGUUGGCCCACACACAAGGCCAGGGCUUCCGCCUCCUGAUGGUAGCGCUUGAGUCGGUGGUCAUCCUUCAGUUCUACGGUGCGCGAAGGCUGUCCAUCGAUGAGCACGCCAUGACCAAUCGUGAUCCGAGCACUUUCGUCAAGAUCUGCUGGACGUCGGUCGUUCCGCUCGUCGUCGCUAUGCUGACGCCGCCAUAG